AUGGCAAUUCAGAAGAAGCACGGCAAAGGCCGCCUCGACAAAUGGUACAAGCUUGCCAAAGAAAAGGGCUACCGCGCCCGCGCCGCCUUCAAGCUGAUCCAGCUGAACAAGAAGUAUAACUUUCUCGAGAAGAGCAAGGUCCUAAUAGACUUGUGCGCCGCGCCGGGAUCAUGGUGUCAAGUCGCCGCCGAGGUUAUGCCCCCCAGCAGCCUCAUCGUGGGCGUGGAUUUAGCACCGAUCAAGCCCAUACCGAGAUGUAUCACCUUCCAGAGCGACAUUACGACCGACAAGUGUCGCGCGACGCUGCGACAGCACCUUAAGACAUGGAAGGCGGACGUUGUGUUGCACGACGGUGCACCGAACGUGGGUACAGCUUGGGUACAAGACGCUUUCUCGCAGGCAGAGCUGGUACUGCAGUCGAUGCGACUCGCCACUGAAUUUCUCAGAGAGGGCGGCACCUUCGUCACCAAGGUCUUCAGGUCGAAGGACUACAACUCCCUGUUGUGGGUCUUCAACCAGCUCUUCACCAAGGUCGAGGCCACCAAGCCACCUUCCUCCCGCAACGUCUCCGCCGAGAUUUUCGUAGUCUGCCGCGGCUACAAAGCGCCCAAGCGGAUCGAUCCUAAGUUCUUGGAUCCACGAUCCGUCUUCGCCGAGCUCGCAGACCCGACCCCGAACAAUGAGGCCAAGGUCUUCAACCCAGAGAAGAAGAAGCGGAAGCGAGACGGCUACGAAGAGGGCGACUACAUACAGUUCAAGGAGGCGCCUGCCAGCGAGUUCAUCCAGACUACCGACCCAAUCGCCAUGCUUGGAAGCCUGAACAAGCUGAGCUUCGAGCAGAAACCCAACGGAGACAUUGCGUUGGCGACGUUGAAUAAGCUACCGGAAACGACACAGGAAAUACGGAAUUGCUGUGCGGACCUAAAGGUGUUGGGCAGGAAAGAGUUCAGGAUUCUACUCAGAUGGCGGCUGAAGGUUCGGGACAUCUUCGGUUUCUCAAGCAAGAAGAAGGCAGAGGAGGCGGCGGCAGGCGAGGAGGUGGCAGAGAUCGAGCCCAUGGAUGAGGAAAUGCAGAUUCAGGAAGAGAUGCAGAAAUUACAGGACAAGGACAAUACUCGCAAGAAGAAGGAUAGGCGGAAAGAGAAUGAGCGCAAACAGAAGGAAAUUGUGCGGAUGCAGAUGCACAUGACAACGCCCAUGGAAAUUGGCAUGGAGCAAGAAGGUGGGCCGGACGGUCAGAGCUCGAUGUUCAACCUGAAGACCGCGGAUAAGGCUGGCGGUCUCAGUCAGAUUGCAAGGGGCAAGAUGCACCUUGUUGUGCCAGAGCGCAAGCUGGAAGAGGAAUCAACGGACGAAGAGGAGGAGAGCGACCCAGAGGAGGACGCGCUCGAAAGGGAACUGGACGGCAUGUACGAGCAAUAUCAGGAGCGGAAGUCAGAGGCAGAUGCCAAGUACCGAGCGAAGAAAGCGCGGAAGGAACAUGCCGAUGAAGAGUUCCAUGGCUUCUCAGACAAAGAAGGGAGCAGUGACGAAGAGGUAGUCGAGGAUCAGGGAAGUAAUGAGUCGUCUGACGACGAGGAGUCACAGCCAAGGUCGCUGGUUACGGAUCUGGACACAGGGGGCAGGGCCGCGAAUGGUCUGACGAAGCGUGCGGCUCAGUUCUUCGACCAGGAUAUCUUCAAGGGGAUCGAUGGAGUGGACAUUGAUCUAGAAGAGGAAGCCGCAGACGCGGACAGCGGCAUUGACAUCAACGAUGACACUUCCGGCUCGUCACCCGACCGCUCCACCAAAGCAGCAAUAAAACAAACCGCGAAGGCGACGAAAUCACUGAAACCUCCUGCCACCCCAACAGCCGACGAUGACAGCUCCGCGGACGAAGCCGGUUUCGAAGUUGUGCGAACAAAGCCAGAUUCGCAAUGGGAAGAACAAGACGUCCCAAUAAGAGACGGCCGCCCAGACAUCUCGAUCAUAACCGCCGAAGCCAUGACCCUCGCGCACCAACUCGCCACCGGCGAGAAAACCAAACACGACCUCCUUGACGACGGCUUCACCAAAUACGCCCUGCGCGACGUCGACGGCCUGCCCGACUGGUUCCUCGACGACGAGAACCGACACUCCCGGCUCCAACGUCCCAUCACCGCCGCCGCAGCCGCCGCCAUCAAAGAGAAGCUACGCGCCCUGAACGCGCGGCCCAUCAAGAAGGUGCGCGAGGCGAAAGACCGCAAGAAGUUCAAGGCGGCGCAGCGGCUCGAGAAGUUGAAGCGCAAGAGCGCGGUGCUAGUUGACGAGGAGGGCAUGACGGAGAAGGACAAGGCGUCGAGUAUUGCGAAGCUGAUGGCCAAGGCGGCGAAGAAGAAGCCGAGGAAGCAGGUCAGUGUUGUCGUGGCGAGGGGUGGGAAUAGGGGUAUUAGCGGGCGUCCGAGGGGAACGAAGGGGAAGUACAAGAUGGUGGAUGCGAGGUUGAAGAAGGAUGUUAGGGCGGAGAAGAGGUUGAAGAAGAGUAGGAAGUGA